AUGGGUGACCAACCAGAUGAGAUCAGGCUCAAGCCAACCAAGGACGGCUCUUUCAUUCGGCCUGACAGUGCCUUUCGCAAUUUCGUAUCCAAAGAGCCAGACGCUCAGUUCCCGGCUGAGAAGGACCGCUAUGCUCUCUAUCUGAGCCCAGGAUGUCCAUGGUCUCAUCGUACCAUGAUCGUGAGAAGCCUCAAAAGGCUUGAGGAUACAAUCGAAUUGUACAUCUGCUCGCUCACCAUGGGCAAAGAUGGUUGGUUCUUCGAUGAUAGCCCAGAAGCAGCCAAGUAUGGUGUCCUGCCCAAGGAUCCGCUCUAUGGACUUGAUACGUUGAAGCAACUGUAUCUCAAGGCCAACCCGAAUUAUGAGGGCCGAUACACCGUGCCAGUUCUUUGGGACAAGAAGACCCACACCAUGGUGAGCAAUGAGUCGAGCGACAUCAUUCGGGUGCUCUACACGGAGUUCGACCACCUUCUUCCCGAGGAAGAUCGCGAAAUCAACAGACCUGGAGGCGGUUUCUACCCAGAGGACUUGCGAGAGAAUAUUGAUGAAAUUAACGAAUGGGUAUACGACACUGUCAACAACGGGGUUUACAAGGCCGGCUUUGCAACAUCUCAAGCUGCAUAUAAGGAAAACGUUGAAAAGGUCUUCAAGUCACUCGAUCGACUGGAGAAAAUCCUCGACAAAGGACCCUUCCUUCUCGGCAAGUGCAUCACCGAAGCUGAUAUCCGCUUGUUCCCAACCAUCCUCCGUUUCGACGUUGGCUACGUCCCUAUUUUCAUGUGCAACCUUGGAACCAUCAGGGAUCACUAUCCGAACUUGCAUCUUUGGCUGAGGAGGCUUUACUGGGAUAAUACCUUCAGAACUCAUGGCGCGUUUCGAAAGACCUCUGAGACUUGGUUUGAGAAAUACAAGACUGGUUAUGCGAACUCUAGACGAAGAGUUCUUGGUAUUACUGGGCCGGAUAUUGUUCCCAAGGGACCUUUGGUGUUAAUCCAUGAGUUGGAAGAGGGAGAGAAGCUUUAG